AUUUUAAAAGAUCACCACAGCAAUUUAGGGUCAUACUUGCGGCCAUUUUCAACUCUUACAAGAAAAUCAAGCAAACUUCGACGAAGAAGAAAGGCGAAUCUCAUGAGAGAAUGACGACUAAAGAAGGAGAAUAUGCAUCAGCUGUUCGAGAUGGAGACGAUGAUUUACUGCUAAAAGCUAUCAAAGAGGCGUAUGAUGGAGUCGAAUGUGGCGAUGGAGGUCCAUUCGGUGCUGUAGUUGCUCUGAACAAUGAGAUAGUUGUUAGUUGCCACAACAUGGUCCGGAAGAACACUGAUCCUACUGCUCAUGCCGAGAUCACUGCAAUAAGAGAGGCAUGCAAGAAACUUGGGAGAACAGAGCUCGGCGACUGUGAGAUGUAUGCGUCCUGUGAGCCGUGUCCGAUGUGCUUUGGAGCGAUUUACCUUUCCCGAAUAAAGAGAGUGGUUUACGGAGCAAAAGCUGAGGCUGCUAUAGCUGUUGGGUUCGAUGCCUCUGUUGGCGAUGCGCUGAGAGGUACCGCAUACUAUCGUAAGGGUCAUCUGGAGGUCAUAAGGGCUGGUGGAAAUGUGGCCGUCGAAGCUGAGCAGGUAUUUGAGAGGACCAAAGGAAUGUUUCGGUUGAAGUAACUUUCCCCGGAGACAAUAAGAUUUCAAACUUAUGAAUGCCUUUCUUAUCGGAAGACUUGAUCCCUUUUAUUCACUGUCAUUCAUGAACUUUGUCUGUAUGAGAAGGCACUUUGCCACUGGAAUUAUGGUAACUAGUAACUUCCUCGCCUGCAA